AUGGAUUCAACCGUUAGGUCCUUCAAUCCUAGCAAAAAUCUCAAAGAACAGUUUGUGAGCAACUUAACAGGAUCUUCCAAGCUAGAAAUCUUCCUCCUACUCACGACUCUCUCUGUUCUGAUUCUUAUACGGCGUUGCAUCGGCUUCAAUUAUGACACUACCGGCCCCAUUAAGAAAAAUGAUGCUGCUGCCGAUUGUAAUAAGAAUUUGAGAGCGUACAUCGCAGCACUGGUUGUUGAUUCUACCUGCAUUGUUGUUCCAUACAUCUUAUUUUUGACAGUUCUGGCAGAAUGGACACAUAUAACUGCAAUUUCGAUGAUUUUGCUUCUCCUUUUCAUGAUAGCAGUUAAAAGAAAUGGAUCUUCUUUUCUUCAGGAAUGCAACAUGGACUCAAUUAGGGCAAAUAUCUCCUCGUACAGAGUUUCUAUGAUGCUUGUUACAUGCUUUUGCAUUCUGGCUGUUGAUUUCAAGAUAUUUCCUAGAAGAUAUGCUAAAACAGAGACCUAUGGCACUGGUUUGAUGGAUCUUGGGGUAGGUUCAUUUGUACUAGUGAAUUCCUUGGUUUCACGUCAGGCACGUGGCAUCUCAAAUAUGACAUUGAGAAAUGCACUCUGUUCGACAAGUCCUUUAAUUUUUUUAGGGUUUGCUCGACUUAUUUCCACAAGAAGCGUGGAUUAUCAGGUUCACGUUGGUGAAUAUGGAGUCCAUUGGAAUUUCUUUUUCACUCUUGCUGCUGUGUCUAUUCUGACAUCCAUAGUUAAUGUUGCUCCAAAUCAUUGCGGAAUUCUAGGUUCCCUUAUCCUCAUAGGAUAUCAAGUUUUCCUGUCACAUGGGUUGAACGAGUAUCUGCUUUCUGAGAAAAGGGGAACAGACGUGAUAAACCAGAAUAAGGAAGGAAUAUUUAGCAUAUUCGGGUAUUGGGGUUUGCAUCUUGUUGGUGUACGGAUUGGAAGCUAUCUUUUCUUCGAUGACAAUGUUGAUGCUAUGUUGAGAAACAAUAAAUGGACAAGAACUAAAGUUUGGUCCCUUUGCCUCUUUUUCUGGUUAACAACUUUGUUUCUGGAUUGGCAUGUCGAAAGAGUCUCCCGCAGAACGUGCAACUUGGCGUAUGUUUCUCUGGUUUUGGCUAUAAACCUUCAGGUGCUAGCCAUUCUGAUGCUAUCCGAUUAUGUGCCUGGAGGUAAAGUUUCAGCUAUGGAAGAAGCAUUUAAUCGAAAUUUACUCGGAUCUUUUCUUCUGGCCAACAUCCUCACAGGACUGGUGAAUUUGUCUAUUGAUACCUUGCUUGUUCCACCAAUCUCUGCUCUAGCAAUCUUGUUUGCCUAUGGAUUCAUUUUAUCUUUUGCUGUUGGAUUUGCAGAUUUUCUUGGCUUUAAGUUGAAGUUUUGGUAG